GCCUUCUAGUUCUCUUGAGAAACUAACACAUUUUCCAACUCAGAUUACUCCUGUUUAAUCGUAUAGCUAGCUAAGCUAUCCAUGGAUGCAGUGACAAGACUGGUUGCUGAGAGGCCAUUGGUGAUCUUCAGCAAGAGCACCUGUGAUAUGUGUCACUCCAUUAAGACACUGGUACGUGGAUUCGGAGCAAAUCCUACAGUUUAUGAGCUCGAUCAAAUUCCAAAUGGCCAGCAAAUUGAAAGAGCAUUGCAGCAGCUCGGGUGUCAGAACUUACCAGCUGUGUUCAUAGGGGGCGACUAUGUGGGUGGAGAUAGGCAGGUCAUGAGUUUACUCCUCAAGAACCAGUUAGGUGCAUUGCUAAAGAGGGCUGGUGCCAUAUGGGUCUGGAACGACUCGUGAUAUCUUAAUUAAUUACCAUAAACCUCUACUGCAAUGUUGCUUCUGCUAUGAUCGAACAUGUGUGUCUUUCAACUUCUGUGAUCUUUUAUUUUUCUUUUUCCUGUUUUGAGUAGCAUAAAGGGAAAGCUUCUAGUCCUCUAAUACAGUCUAGAAUCUUUAACUUGGAAUACGUGAACUUAUUUUGGCAGCUAGCUAGGCCAAGGCAUGCAGGGGUUAAUUACUCUUUUUAUGUUAGCUAGGUUCUUGGCUUUUAAAAUUAAUUACAUGUGUAAUCCUUGUUGCCCAUUAUAAAUAAAAGUCACCUUUAUAAUAAUA